AUGGGAAGUUACAGCAUUCCUGAGAAGAUUGUGACAAUGGUGAAAGUGAUGUACAGUCGGAGUGAAUGCGCUGUAAUUGACGGGUCAGGUGUGCACGAUUGGUUCGAGAUCAAAAUCGGUGUUUUAAAACAGGGUUGUUGUAUGUCUGGGUUUCUUUUCCUGCUUGUUGUGGACUGGGUUAUGAGAAAGACCACCAAACAUGGGAACACAGGCAUCAGACGGAAGUUCAACAACUUCCUAGAAGAUCUUGACUUUGCUGACGACCUAGCCCUGAUCUCUGGUAGUAGAAGUCAUAUCCAACCUAAAGUCAGCAACCUGGGAC